AUGGCGAGGUCACUCGCAGCUUUCCCGCUGCUCCUGGUGAUCGGCGCCGUGAUAGCUUCAGCUGUGUAUGAUGAGGAGGACUCGGUGGGCAGAGCUUACUUCCUCGUCCAUGACCUGUACCCGGGUUCCAAGAUGACGCUCCACUUCACCGGCGCCGCCACCGGAGCACCCGCGCUCCCACGCGCCCGCGCGGAAUCCAUCCCGUUCACCUCCACCAAAAUCCCGGAAAUCCUGUCCCGCCUCUCCGUCCCGGCCGGCUCCCCCGCCGCCGCCGCCAUACGCUCCACCCUGAAAGAGUGCGAGGCCCCGCCACUGGACGGCGUGGUGGCCCAGCUCUGCGCCACCUCCUUCAAGGCGAUGGCCGACUUCGCCGCCUCUUGCCUCGGCACCCGAGACGACGGGGCGACCCCGAGGCUAGCAAGGUCCUGGAGGCAAGUGUACGUGGUGGACUCUGUCAGGCCCACGCCGGUGUCCGGCGGGGACAUGGUGGCCUGCCACCGCAUGCCCUACCCCUACGCCGUUUUCUUAUGCCACACGACCACCGCCACCUUGUACACGGUGACCCUUGCCGGCGCCGACGGGACCAAGGCCGAUGCUCGGACGGCGUGCCACAAGGACGCGUCGCCCGGCAUCUCCUGGCCGACGUACAAGAAGCUCGGGGUGGCGCCGGGGAGCGUGCCAGUGUGCCACUUCCUGCCCCAGGACAGCAUGCUCUGGAUGCGCAAUUAA